CAAAAGGAAGGCAGUAAAUGCAUUUUUCCUGUUGGUCACUGUAUUAGUUACCUCUUGCUACUUAACAAAUUAACCCAAAAUUUAGCAGGUGGGGCGGGAAUAUAGAAGUAGCUUAAGUGGGUCUUCUGGCUUAGAGUCUCUCACAAGGCUGCAGUCAAGAUGUUCACGGGCCUGCAGUCUUAUCUGAAGACUUGACUGGGGAAUGACCCACUUCCACAUUCACUAACGUGCUUGCUGACAGGAUUUAAUUCCUCACGGGCUCUUGGCAUCAGAGGUCUCCUCACGAGGCAUCUCACAACAGGACAGCUGGCUUCAUCAGAGUGAGAAAGCGAGAGAGCAAGAGGGAAGCCAGAGACUUUUUGUAACCUCUCUGAAGUGAAAUCCCACUCUUUUGCUGUAUUCUGUUUAGUAGAAGCAAGUUACUAGGCCCAGCCCUCAGGUGGAGGGACUGCAGGCAGGGUGGCCACUGCCGCGGGUGUGGAUGUGCCUGACAAGAUGAAGAGCCGAAUCCCAGUGGUGCUCCUGGCCUGUGGCUCCUUCAAUCCCAUCACCAACAUGCACCUGCGCUUGUUUGAGGUGGCCAGAGACCACCUACAUCAAACAGGAAUGUACCAGGUGAUCGGGGGUAUCAUCUCUCCUGUCAAUGACGGCUACAGGAAGCAAGACCUCGUGGCUGCCCACCACCGGGUGGCCAUGGCCCGGCUGGCCCUGCAGACGUCCGACUGGGUCCAGGUGGACCCCUGGGAGAGUGAGCAGGUGCAGUGGAUGGAGACAGUGAAGGUGCUGAGGCAUCAUCACAGUGAACUGCUCAGAUCUCUGCCCCAGACGGAAGGCCAGGACCACGGCAGGGCUCGCUCCGUGGCCCCCACAGCUGUGCCCGAGCUGAAGCUCCUCUGCGGGGCAGAUGUCCUGAAGACCUUCCAGACCCCCAACCUCUGGAAAGACGCACACAUCCAGGAGAUAGUGGAGAAGUUUGGCGUGGUGUGUGUGAGCCGGACAGGUCACAACCCAAAGGAAUACAUCUCAGGCUCGCCCAUCCUGCGCCGCUACCAGCACAACAUUCACCUGGUCAGGGAGCCCGUGCAGAAUGAGCUCAGCUCCACGUACAUCAGGCGGGCCCUGAGCCAGGGGCACAGCGUCAAGUACCUGCUCCCAGACGCUGUCAUCAGCUACAUCAAGGACCACAACCUCUACACCAGGGACAGUUCCUGGAAAGGCAGCAGCACCCAGAGGAAUGAAGGAAAGACAGACUAGGGAGAGUUAGCCACUCCUCCAUAGAGCUUCUCCUGACGAAAGGGCAGUUAAGGUCUUUGGCUUUUUUUUUUUUUAAGGCAAUGAGUUUAUUUCAGAGGAGUCUUCUGGCCCAGGAAGAGAUAGCUUCUUUUGGGAGAAGGAGCAAGUGCCUCUGUCAAAGCAGUUAAAAGGGCGUGGCAGGUCACUAGAACUAGAGGACAGCUCUCAGAACCUGUCGCUGCAGAGGCCUCCUUAUUCGGUAACCGGUGACUGGGGCAUAUGCACUGAAGGCAGUUCUGUGCCAGGCAGGGCCCCUGAGGGUCAGAUCAGAACUGCCCACACACAUUUGCUAACUAGGACCAGGUGCAGCAUGCUGGUCUUGAUUAGAGAGACUUGACAGGACGCUAAUUACCAAACAGUGGGCUUUGUCAACGCCUUGUUCCAACAGAAUAAUACUAAUUGAGGAGUCAGAAAUUUGGAAGCCGCUCUUUGCCGAUUUACAUUGAAUCUUCCCUCAAGAACCACCGUCUGCCUGCCUAAGCUGUAGAUACCAUUUAAACUAAAAUCUUUCUAAGGAGUGACCCUCAAACAAUAUUUUUGAUACGGCAGAUAUCUUUAGCACGACUUCUUUUAUAAAUGCCAGGGCUCCUGAUUUCCAGGUUUCUAAAAAGGAACUGAGGUAAAACAGAUGCCUUGGCUGUUUUAGAGGAUCUUUUUGAACGUUUUAUGACUGCCUGCCUGUUUGAAUAUUGGCAAAGGGAUAAAUAAUAAAUUGACAUCAAAUUUA